ACUCGGAGCUCAUCACUCCACUCCCAUUGAACAGAGUAUGUGCACCUACCAAAGCGUGCUGGGCCGCCAGCCACCACCCUUUAUCUCCGUCAUAGUUGCCCAAAUUCUUUAAAAGACCUCGUCGGGCUUCUUUGCAUUGGGGGCCGAAAUGCAGGCCCUACCAAAUCUCUCCUAUAGGCAGCAGCCCCACUAUCGGGUGGUUGAUUGGCUGUUUCUCAUGCAGGCGUUGCGAACAUGCGGGCGCCCUUUCGUCAGCAAAACGGGUGACCGUCAGCCACAGAAGACGACCAAACCUUGCCCACCUUCACUCAGGUCGUCACAGCCGUGAUCGUUUCCAGGAUCUGUUUCCCACUUUCGCAGCAUGGCAAGCUUCGAGGAUCUGCCGGCAGAGCUGCUCCAUCUCAUUGCUACGUCGAAAUUCGCGUUGCCGGCGUGGUCUCCGCGUCCAAAUCGCCCUGGUGCCCCAUUGUCAUGGCAGCAGAGACACGACAGAGUGCAGCCUGAGUUGGUCCUACGGCCCUCAGACCUGUCGUCAUGGGCUCGCGCGAGUCGGCACCUAUACCGCUGCAUUCUGCCGCUUUUAUACGCCUUCAACCGGGAUUUCCAAUCGUCGAGUUGCGUCGCGUGGGCGGCCAGAGCUGGCGAGAACUCGACGCUCGAGAAGGCUGUUGUAUACAACCUGAACAUCUCGUUGGUACCUAAGUUGGAUAGUCCCGUCGCAAUGCCGGCUGGGCCACCUCCGUAUGGCCAUCCCCGCCGUGGUCCUCCCACUUGUCCCAUGGUCCAUCCUGUCCAACUUGCCGUCAAAAGCGGCCACGCCGCGACGGUGGCUUGGUUCUUGGACCACGGCGUGGACGUGGAACAGACAUUUCGGCCUCUGUGCGAGCACGGCCACCAGAAUGGCGUGUUUUUACCCCUUCUCCAUAUCGCCAUGUGCGCCAGGCAGUCUUCUGUGGUUUCUUUGCUGCUUGACCGAGGUGCACCGCUGGAAUUCAAGAACCAUCCGUGGAAUUGCGGAAGGAACGCUCUUCUCCAGGCCGCAGAGCGAGGUUUGGAUUCUAUCGUCGAGCGUUUGGUCCGAGACGAGGGUAUGAAGAUGUACCCGACCAUCGUCAGAGAGGACAACGCCCUUUCCCAGGCCGUACGCAGUGACAAUAACCUAUCUACAGUCAAGAAGCUCCUGGAAUUAGGCGCACACAUUGACGGUCCGUCGAGGAUCUGGGAGUAUUCGCCACUCUACGACGCGAUACGGCAUGGCAGCUUCAAGGUGGCCCUGGCACUACUCGAGGCCGGUGCAAGCAUAACUUCCGAUGCCUCAGUGUCUUGGUACCCUGAACCUCUGAACCUAUCUCUCCUGCAUCCAGCGCAGAGUGGACACAGAUCUAGUCCGCGAUUAUUUCCCGUUCCUUCGCCUCCGCGGUCCUUUUCGACCAGGUCUUGGUCUUCGUCUUCUUCGUCGCCGUCGGGGGAUGACACGGAAGAACAAAAUCCCGGCAUUUCUGACUUGGAAGAAGAAGUAGCGUCCGACUCAGACGAUUCAGAUGCCUCCAAAACAAGUUCAGAUUCGACUUCAAGCUCAAGUUCGCACAGUAGUUCAACCGUAUCUAUAAGUUCAGACAUCCCCACCAACGGGCUACCUCGACUACCCCUUCUACAAAUCGUGGCUGGAACUACUCCGCCACCGCCACCGCCGCUAUUCCCAGCCCACCACCCCAUGCGCAGGCAUUACCCACCCAACACCUGGAGCACCAACAAGGAGGCCUUCAUAAAAAGGCUACUCGAACUUGGCGUCGACAUCAAUGGAACCAAGAACGAAGCGCUGCCCAUUGUAACAGCGACGGAUUGCAGCGAGACGUGGAUCAUCGCGCUGCUCCUCGAGGCCGGUGCCGACCCCAAUAAGCCCAACAAGAAAAGGCUGUACAACGGCGAGCUCUCGCUGAAUUUGCUGCGAAGGCAGGAUUACAACAACCGGCAGAAAUGGGAAGACAACGUCGCCGAGCUUCUCGCACAUGGGGCUCGCAUCGACCUACCCUGUGGUAUCGACGAGGGAACCAUCCUCGAGCAAGCAGCCGAGGACAGCACGACAGCCCGGAACGCCACCAAGCUCGUCAUUCUCCUAAGGCACACCUCGCUGAAAAAUGUGACCCAGGAGCAUCUAAACCAGGUCCUGGACCUAUCCUUUCGGAAUCAUUGGGGUCUGGCUUGCAUGGCGCUCGUCCACCACGGCGCCCGUCCCCUCACCCAACCGGCCCAAUCUGCGCUGUACUUCACGGCCGUUCAGACGAUCAACUUGAUGCAAAAGGCGAGAGAGCAUGUCGAUCAUGAACCUCAACCCACUGAACUAACCGAGUCCCUCGUGCACCUCGGUCUAGGCGACCAGUCGAUGUCACACCAGCGCCAGCUCGAAUUUCUGCUCCGGUAUGACUUGAACCCCAAACACCAUCUGACCCUCCUGGCUCGAGCCUUGAAAAGGAAGGUAUUAGGCGCUGCGCAUGCGUUGCUGGACUAUCUCAUCCUAGACAUCAGUCGAUUUUUGAAUGCAUGUGUACCAGAAAUGAACGACCUCAUCCCCUAUCUCCUCGACCUAACCAUAGCAUGGGGCCGAGUCUCCCUUCUACGACGCCUACUACAGCUCCCGACCGACGAGCAAUCCCCAAACCUCGUGGCGCUUCUCCAAAAGGCCGUUUUACACGAACACCGUCCGCUCAUCUUAUUCCUCCUAGGCCAAGGCGCCAGCCCACUCCAACCUCCCCCUGCAUCCUCAUGCUCAGGCUCCUCUCAGCUACGAGAAAGAUCGGAGCGCCUCAUAGCGUUUGCCCGAGCGAGGCGAGCCCGGCUUGGAAAAUUGAGGGAAGACGACGAUAGCGUCAACCUGGAACUCGCGGGCUGCCGCCUCUUGAACCGGGCGGCUCAUGCACUUCGUCGUGACCAGCCCAUCGUCGCGGUAUCGGCGUUGCAGUUGUCGAUAUAUAGGGCCAAUAUGGAUUUGGUGCGUGUUAUUCUGCACUCCCUACCGCGUGAUCAACUGAAUGCGGCGAAGGGAAAAGUGCAUGUACCGUGUGUGCUGGAGAAUGCGGUGGAAAUGAGUGAGCUUUUGGAUGUGAGGCAGGAUCGGUUUGUUAGUGACGGCCUUUAUUCUUUGGCGGGAACAACGAUACGACUAUGAUUUAUGAGUUUUGUAUUCGAUUGCGCCUGGAUGAUGUUUAUGUUUUCUUCGCAAUAAAAGUCCACAACUUAACUUAUGA